AGCAUUCGCUCGCUGCUGCAGUCAUUCCCUCGAGCAGGCCAGGGCCUGCCAGACACAACCAAAACCGAAGCAGUCACGAGAUUCUUCUUCGGUGCUGGCUUGUGUUGUUCUGACCUGGUGCUCAUCCCCCUGCUGUCUGAUGGCCCCUGGAGCAUCUCAUUGGCCUCUCCGACGUGGCUCAUUCCCCUCUGUGGCUCUGAAUUGCCCUUCGACUCGUUCCCACCAGCUGAGGCGAGAAAAGUGGCUGAGGUCUUCCCGCAGCAGUGCAGCAGAGCUGAGCUGAGCGUCAAGGCUGACGGCAUCCAAUCCAUUGCACAUCAGCCGCCGGAUGCCACAGAGGCGCAUCGCAUCCGUGGGGGCCAGGGUGGUCUCCGGUCUCUCCUUCUCAAUGCCUUUGGUUGCCUUGGCUGUCGGCCUGCUGGUCAUGGCCCUGCUGCUGCUCAGUCGUGUCACGCGGCACGCCAAAAGGGCAGCCGAACGGCACGGCGGACGGCCUCGCCCUCCACACCUUCACAGCCAGAUCAGACAGACAGACGAUGAGAUAGAUGCUCAUUGCUGACUCUGUUGGUCGCUGUGGUUGGUGUGGUUGUCCUUGAUCAGAUGCUCAUCGUCCUGUUGUUGCUGCUGCGCUGCACUGCGUUGCGGUGCGUCGAGCAGUCGGCGAGCUAUAGCCGAGACAGAUCCGAAUCCUUGACGGAACCACAUCUGCGAGGCUUGGCGUGUACUGUCGUAGACGUCAAAGGAAACUGGUCUGUCCACUGAGUUACAGGUCGGUCAUCGUGCUGCUUUGAUCUUUCCGGUCCCGCCGCCCGCGCCACAAAGCAGAAGGUGAGAGUCACAGUGAGUGGCAGCCAACCAGAUCUUCAAGAGGACAGACGAGCAGGAGACUCACCCAUCCCACCGCAGCAACCCUUUUGCGUGCCUGCCUGUCACUUCAGGCUUCGUCGCAUCUUGUGCGUUUCACCCGCUCCUGACGCAAUCGGUGACUCAAGUGAGCUGAGCUGCACUCGCACAGCACUCUGCACCUCACGGCCACUGCUGCGCACCCACUUGUCAGAAACCGAUUGCCUUUCUGUGUGUCUCUGGGUGACUGACUGUGUGUAGGUGCUGCUUCCAUCCGUCUCGCGGUCAGACAUACUCGCGCGAACAUGAGCAGCCGUGUUAAACGCCGGGUCGGCCAUGAUGGAGGUACGCGUAAUUGGGUGUGCGCAAAACUGAAGUCGCCUCAUCCAUCUCCGUUGCGUGUGUCCGUGUGUCAUUUUUUGUCCAUCAGGUGCCACUGCUUUGUCACAAAGCUCAGGCAGGUGCGCGACCAGGUGGAGGCUCUGUACGUCUACGCAGACGAGAGAGGAGUCAAGGUCUGCCCCAAGAAGGCCUCCGGCAGGAACGUCAAGAGCUUCUCCGUCAGCACGUACAAGACCCUCCGCUCUGCCAUUGAGUCGGCCAUCCGCUAUAGAAAUGGGAUCUACAAGAGCCAGCCCAUCAUCGGGUGGGAGGAGCUGCUGGAGGCGCACACCUUCCCUGACGAUAACGAUCAGGUGAGGAGCACGGGGGCCGGGAAACGUGGGUCAAAGAGAGGAUCGACGCGGUCAGAUGUCUCUCGUCUGAUCUCUGUGUACGUCUCCAGGACGCUGGCGGUUCGCGCAACGCCGACAAGAGCACCAAGCGGCGCCGGACAGGUAGGCAUGGAUGGGGGAACGGAUGGGGGGCACAUGUCUGUCUGUCGCUCAUGGCGUCGUUGUCGUGUCACCUGUGGGUGGGUAUGUGUCAGGCUCCCGUCGCGACUCGGCCAACGACCACCACAUGCCGCCCUCUGCAGAGGAGGUGCUCUUCCCUAAUCCCCCGCCCAACACCUUGAACGGGGGCCAAGCUGCUGCUGCUGCUGCUGCUGCCGCUGGUGGCGGUGGUGGUGGUCCCCCCGCACUCGCACCGCCACCGCCACCAGCGGCGCACAACGGUGACCGCGUCAAGGAGGAGGUGGGAGAGGGCGGCGUCGGGGGUGCUCAGCCUGAGCAAAACGGUGGCGCCUUCGAGCGAGAGGGAGGCGCCGGUGCGGGCGGCGCUGCGCCCCAGUCUGAGGAGCACGGGGGCCACGUCAAGCGGGAGGGAGAGGGCGGGGAGGGCGAGGGCGGGGAGUGGGCUGGUGAAGGCCAGCCUGCCGGGGGGGGCGGCCGCGUCUACGUCAAGCAAGAGGAGGAGGGUCAGUCAACACACGCACAAUGAAUGUCAUGGACGUGGACCUGUAUGUCUGCAUGUGUUUGUGUGCGUGUGUGCACUGCAGAGACGUUCGUGACGCUAGAGCUGUCCCAGCUCAAGACUCAGGACAUCAUCAACAUAUGGGGGCUGGACGCGAACCUCCGAGACCUCGUCGGCAAAGUCGAGCAGGUACACACGCACACAAGUCGAGAAGGUGAUGGGAUGGGAUGGGAUGGGUGGGAUGGGAUGGUGUGUGUGUGGUUCGGUCGCUUUGUGUGUCUACCCAUCUCUAGUUCAAGGUGCAUGGCCAGUUGCUUGCUGCGGUCCUGGACAUCCCCAACUGGCGCAACGACCUGAAGGUGUGGGACAAGGCACUGGGAGGCCACUUCGUGUUGGGCGAGAUGUCAUACAUCAACGGGUGGCUCAAAAGAAUCGACCCACAUGCGGUGAGUGACUUAGUGAGUCAGUCAGUCAGUCAAGCCCACCUGCGAGUGUGUGUGUGUGUUGGUUUCAGGUGCAGGUGCCUAUCCUGGGCUGACGUAGACACACUGCCCGCCCUGACAGUGAUGCG